AUGCAAUUUGCUGUGACAAUUGCUGCCUUAAUGGGCAUAUGUCCUGUGGCUAUGAUGGCUGGACCAUACGAUGGCUGGGCGCCGCAUCGUUACUGUAACUCAUUGGAUAACAUCGAGACAACGCGUAUCCCGCCGCUCACCUCGGAGCAGGCAGAGCUCGUGGAGUCGCUGGAGCAAGUCCAGAUUAUUGCACGACAUGGUGCUCGUGCACCUUACGCGAGAAUUUUCUGUUGGGACUCGCCCAAGCAUAAUCCAAUGAACGCCGAGUGGAACUGCAGCACCAUUUCCGUCUCGUCGCAGGAAAUCAAUUCCAAGGAGGAGUCGAAGGUUUUCGGUCGCUUGUACCGCAAGUCGUACAUUGACGGACACAAUAUUCUCAAUGGAGACUGCAUUGUUGGCGGACUGCUUGAAUCGGGACGUCAGCAGCAUAUGAUGAACGGACAGUUUCUUCGUGACGCGUACGUGGGCAAAGGCUCACUCAAGCUCUUUCCCACUGCAAAGUUGUCAGACCUCGAGUUGUCAGAGAUCUAUCUCCGAAGUGAUGACCAAGAGAGGACGCUGGGAUCAGGCCAAGCGCUGAUAAACGGUCUCUUUCCGAUUGACGGUACCCCAUCAUUUGAGCUUCACCGCAUGCUGUCAUGGAAUGUUGCAGAUUACUCGAUGGACUACAUCAGCCCCAACAAAAAGAUUUGCCCGCUCAUGAAACACAUUGAACAGAUGUCGAACGAGAGUCCUGAGUUUUGGGGUCACCUCCGAGACCCUGCUACCGUUGAAAUCGAGCGCCAUUUUAGUGACGUUGUCGGCGACUUCUCCUGGGACUCAGUACUGGAGUGCCUAAGCACAGCCCGUUGCAGUAAUCUUGAGCUGCCAGAUGGAGUGGAUGAAGAGACGUUCACCAAGACCUACCACGAAGUUGAAGUGCUCCAAGGAAUCUUUCUAACUUACAAUGAUUCGUGGUACGCAAAGGUUGCGAUGCAACCGCUAGCGCACGAUAUGCUCACCCGGCUCAAUGGCGCGCUGAAUGGUGAUCCAGACGCGUACAAGCUCUCUGUCACGAUGGCUCACGAUUCAACUAUCAUGCCAUUCCUGGCUGCAACCGUGAAGGAGAACUGGGAUCGUACUUGGACUCCGUACGCAGGCAUGCUGGUGCUUGAAGUUUACAAGACCAAGAGUGGAUCACAUGCCGUUCGGAUGAUUUUUCAUGGAGAACCUCAACUUCUUCCUGACUGUCGUGAUACUCUAUGUGAUAUUGACGAAUUUUUCCAGGCAUUUGCCUUUGCGCACAAUCCACGCACCGAGAACGACUGCAAAUUGCCGAAAACGAAAAAGGGAAGAAAAAACCCUUCGUCAAGUCUGAGUACGAUGGCCGAUGGACAGAAUCAUUUCACUGCAGCUAACUACAUUGGGAGUUACUUGCUGCUGGGUCUGGUUGCUGUUGCUGGAUUGCUUGCUCUUCGUCGGCACAAUCGUCAACAUGAAGUGCGCGGUGCUGAUGAAAACAUUUCUCUCCUUCAGUAA